AUGCCUCCCCACCCGCUCGAGCUUCCGUCAACUCUCUCCCCCGACGCUCUCGACACCCUCACCGAGCUCACGGGCAUCCUCACCCGCCUGCGCACCGCCAUCCAGACCUCCGGCGCCGCGGGCGGCAUCACGGGCGCGACCCCGGCCGCCUCCGGCCCCGGCGCGACGCCAAACACCCUCGGCGCCAGCCCGAACACGCCGCUCUCCCUCAAGGACGUGCCCGCCCAGACCGACGCCCUGAAGCACAAGCUGCAGCGCGCCCGCGUGCAGAUGCGCGCGCUGCCCGACAUGGAGCGUACCACCGCCGAGCAGGAGGACGAGAUCAAGGAGCUCGAAGAGCGCAUCAAGAUGCAGCGGGAGGUGCUGGACCGGCUGAGGGAAGCGGGCGUCAAGUUUGGACACGAUGAGGGCGGGGGCGGUGAUAAGAUGGAGACGGAGUAA